UCAGCGACCACACGAGGGCGCUAUUCGCAAUCAGCUGUGCCCGUACCGGAUUAAAUAUACAGUACCGUGGGAUCCGGGAUCAAUUGAGAUCACAUUAACAGUAGCACACAGAAGGCCGCGGAAACAUUGGGAAAAGAACGGGAAUUUCUCCUUCAGUAAAGUCAGAAGAAGCUUGUCUUAGAGAGAAGUGCUGAUCUUAGAUUCUCGUUGCCGACAAGACCCUUCCCCGCAUCGUUGCUUGACUCCAUAAGAUGUGGAGGGAAGCCUCUGCUUACUUGCUGAAGAUGAUGCAGCUAUCGGAUCUAGGAGACUGUCCAGCCAAUUGUUCUGGUCACGGAGAUUGUAAUGAUGGAGUUUGCGUCUGUGAGUUAGAGUACCAGGGAACGGAGUGUGACGACAUCAACAAUGCUUACUUUGUGGCGUUCGGUUUAAUCUUUUACCUGCUUUCGAUUUGCUGUACCAUUCAACUGAUUUUGUGCAUUCAAUCUGACUUCCGUCGUCUCAAGAAUCCAUCAUUCCAGAAAGCUCUUAGAGUCACAACUCAAAAGCUGUUGUACGUUCUUGUCAUCAUCGCCGCCUUAAGUCGAGCACUGUACUUUUCGUUGCAGCCUUAUCUGUCUGAGACAUGGGCUAGUAACAUGAUGAGUAUGUACUAUCCGCUGCUACUGUCUUGCUUCUCACUCGUCGUCUGCUUCUGGGCCGAGGCUUUUCAUCUGUCGGAAAAGCAACACAACAAUCCGGGUUUCCUGCGAGACAGUUUCCGCUACUUCAUCCUCUUCAAUGUCCUCCUGUACAUCCUACUGGUAGCGGAGUUUAUCACCAUGGAAACCACAUCAUCGGAUCACCAGAUCCUUGGCAACGUCUUCAACGGAUGCUUUGCAGGACUCAUGACCAUUGAGGUUAUUUUCUUUCUCGCCUACGGAGUAGAAGUCUUCUUCAAAAUCAAAGGAGCUUUUACAGUAAAUUACCAUUCAACCAACCAGCAGCCUACCUCAGCUAUCGGUCAAAACAGUCUCAAGGCGAGUGGUCAGUCAACUGACCAGUCACCUGACCUGACCGUCCAUGUGUCCAGUCAGUCAGUGGAUGUUAGCAUCAUGCACCAGUCUCGUAUCGGGCUGUUAUUCCAGGGGUUACUGCAGAUUGUUAUGGUCUUGUUCCUGAUGUUGAACGUGACCGAGCCACAGUGGAGAGAGAGCCUCCCGGUUCUCAAGAGGAACGUCCAUGAUGUCUUAUUCCGCAUCGUUGAGGUUGGUUUGGCUCUGUGGUUUCCUUGUGUCUUAUGGAAGAGCAGAAGUCCUGAAUCUCUCUGGAUGUUGAAUCCAACCAGACUCUUCAGGCAGACGCGAGAUGAAGAGAAGUCACAGGGUGGAAAGAAGGAAGAGGAUUGGUUACUGUGCCGUACACGUGCUCCGACGUACGACUCGACAGCAGACAGCUCUAAAGUAGAAAAAGAGGUGGAGUGUUGGAUUUGCUAUGACCACCAACGGACAGAUGCCGGGCCAAUGAUACAGCCCUGCGAAUGUAAAGGAGACGUGGCUUAUGUGCAUCACGAAUGUUUGAAGAGAUGGUUGAUGGAGUCCGCAGAUAAUCCUGAGGCUCUACAAUGCAAGGUUUGCCAAUCAAAGUACCAAUUGAAGACAGGUUCAGCAAAUAUCCUCAAAGGUUUCCAACUCAAGCAAGGACUCUUCACAGCCAUCGCCUUAGGUAUCAUGACGGCAGGCCCGGUGGCCGUCUACUUCGUCAUGAAGAAAUACCCAUCAGACGUGGUCAGUGUCGUCUCAAUCGGGGCUUGCAUCUUCCUGGAGAUGGUGUGUUUGAAAUAUCUUGGCAUCAGCUUAUGCAACGCUUACAACAGAGCAAGUAUUUCGUCCUUGCACAUCAUCGGCAAAAUGGUGAACAGACCGGAAACCGUGGUAACAACAACAACAACAACUCCUACGACAUCAUCAUCCGAAUCAAGCGCUACGUCUGCUUCAUGUACAUCAAGCAAAGAACCCAGUGUGUCCAUAGUGUCUGUUUCCGUUAUUGGUCCUGAAGUAUCCUCCGAUGGUGUACAGGUGCAUCAUGGGUAAUCAAAGUAACAUCUCACCCAAUAAGCCAGCUCGGUAUUCCAAAAUAGUCUUGUGCACGUCAAGAUUCCCAAAAAAAUUUGGGAUAACCGCAGCAGAUAAAUGCACACAGGGGGACUUGGUAACCAAAUCUGCAUUCUGUGCAAUUUUUCGUGCAAUCGAAAAGAGAUGGAAUUUUCGUUCACACAAAAGUUUUGACACACAAGACACCUAAAAACACUUAGCUGUCCAAAUUUUUUUGCAAAAUGUCAUACUUCAGAACACGAUGAAAUCUUCAAUUUUGCUGGUACCCCGCUAUGCUUUUGCAUGCAUACGAUGAAAUUUUUAUCCCAAAAGAAAAAUCGGCAAAUCUGGAUGUGCACGUGCGAAGUUAAAAUACUGAACUGGCUUAUUACAAAAGCAAGGGGAGUGUGUGGCCUAGUGGUUAGGGUUCGUGACUCAUGAUCAGA